GAAAGACAGAGAGAGAGAGAGAUAAAGAGGGAAAGAGAAAGCGGAAAGAAGCCCCACAACAAUGAAGGAACACGGCAACAAACAACAUCCGGCGGAACCGGCGGCGAAGACGCUCAAGUCGCUGCUGAAGAAACCGGGCCAGACCAAGGCGAAGUCGCAGAAGCAUCGAGUGGUGAUCAAUGAGAAGCUGAACGAAUUCUUCGCGGCGGACUACAUAAUAUUGAUAAAGGAGGAGUGCUGCGCCGAUUACGAGGAGGAUUGCGACUGCUGCUACCAGGAGCACGAGUUCAUGCGGCUGGGUAACUGCAAGGAGUGCCGGGCGGAAUUGAACCUGCACUUUGGCAUCGGCGCCGGCACCGGCACCGGCACCGGCAACGGCAACGGUAGAUACGGCGAGAUGGCGAGGGGUGUAGAGCAGGCGCUCUGCGAAAACGCCGUACGAGGAGAUCAUCGCGGCGGAGGGACCCGCGGAAAGAGUCAGCAGGGUCGCGAGGACACGCAAGCGGAGGAGGACGAGGAGGAGGAUGAGGAGGAGGCCGACGACGGCGAGGAGGAAGAGGACGAGGAGGAGGAGCGGGAGGAGGAGGAGGAGGACGAGGAGGAGAACGUCGACGGGAAGGUGGAGACGGCGGCCACCUCGGUACAGGAAGGGAAGGACGCGAAGAACGAGCGAGUGGACGCGGCGGAGGACGCGGCGAAAGGACGCCGGGAUUCCCAGGAGGAGAGCGGGACCGUGGUUCCGCCGCCACCGCCGCCGCCGCGGCACGAUCAGCAGCAGCAGGAAACACUUAGCCCGCCGGAAGGUUACAAAGACGUGUGCUCCGACAGCGAGAUCGCCAACGAGACGGAGCAACGUGGCCGCGCGUCCGCGUCCUCCGCAACGUGCACGGAGUGCAAUUACUACCAGCAACAGGCAUCGGAAUGCGAAUCGCAAACGAAGGAUCGUGGGAAUGAACAGGAUACGCAGGGCAGCAAGGACACAGUUCACGACGGCAGUCAGAGAAAUUUGCAAGAAAAACAGGAUAAACAACAUCGAGCAUCUCACCCCGAUCUGCACCAUCGUUAUCUCGUGGAAACAAUAACGAUGACGACCGUUACGGAGCGACGCAUCGUGCGGGAAAUUAGCGAGGAGGAGCGGAAGGAUUGCUUCGGGCGAUCCGAUACGGAUAAAGAUAAAAGCGUUUGCGAUGCCCCAAAGGAUAACGGUUUUAAUCCGGCGCUUUGUCCCGGGACAGGCGGCUCAAUGUCGAUCGUUCACGAGAAUGCGGCGCAGUUCACCACACGGUGUAACGACUCGGACGUCACAGAGGAUCGUGAAGGUAAUGCAAACGCCAAAAAUUCGACGGGCAACGACAAAAGAGUGGCGACGACCGUGGAAGCGGAACGCAUCAGCGAUCAAACAACGACGGGCGAACAGUCGCGUGAGCAGGACGCGAAAGAGCUGUCUCUCGUUUUCAAACUGGGCAACGUGUCCCUCGCUAGUAACAGCUUGAAGCCAAAUUCUGCGGUGAGACAACUCUUUCCCAACCCAAAGUUCAUCUCGCCACCGCCGGUACCGGCCAACAAAGUGAACUCGUCGACCGGCUCCGAACACUCUCAGGAUGAAGCGCAGAAGUUUCUGAUUACCGCCGAGAGUCUGCGGCUGUUCGAUGCGGUUAAAAAGUCGACGGUCCCCGGUGGCUCCUACGAGUCGCCAGAAUGCGAGUCCAGCUCGAUCAAGAGAUCUAUCGAGCGGAACACUCUGCGGCGUAGUCUGAUCGGCAAGUACAACACGAUAACGCGUAAGAAGAAUCUGCGGCCAAAAAAUCUGUCGCUGGAGGAACGAAUCAGGCAGCUCACGUGCGUCGAUCAGGACGAUGAGAACCUGGACACGACCGACAGCUCUGACAACACGAAUUCCGCGAGCGAUUCCAAGUACGGUGGAGAUCUCUCGAUACGAACGUCGCCAUUGGGUGAGGAACGGCCUAUGUGCGAAUCGCUGCCGGCGAGUGUGGCCUCGACGGAAACCACUGCCAUUUUAACGAUGGUGUCGACGAGAUCGAACUCCUUGACGGCGGCGACGGCGGCAACGACGACGACGGCGAAAACGGCGAGCGUGUCCACGAACACGCAUGGGCAUAAUUCGAUGGGAAUGCCGAUGUUGGUCACGGACAAUCCAUCAAAUCAAUCUACCUACAGGAAGAUCACGGAUCUGUUCGCGCAUAAGAAAAACAUCCAAUCGAAUCUACCAGAUCUCGGGAUAGGCCCGGGUGGAAGAAAUCUUCUCGCCAAAGAGUGCCAAUCCAAAAACCCGUUGACGAAAAUGAACUCGGAUGUGCGAAGGCAAUUACUAGCGAGCCUGGCACCGUUAUCCUGUGUCACAGUCAACAGUUCUGACAACCAGGACGACUAUUACCGAAACGACUCCAGGAUGUUGGCAUCCUCGAACCGUGAAUCGAUAAGCUAUAACUCGGACUCGUCGUACAGUUUAGAAGACAUAGAGGCAGCUCUGAAUGGCGACGACAGGAAGUAUGCCGGUCAACCGGAUGUAACGAGAUGCACGCCGAUAGGUAGUAGACCCGACAUCGGCGAUAACACCGCUGACGAGUUGCUCGCGUUCGUCGAGCAGGACAAAUCGAGGAUGGAAAGAAUAAAACGCCGCUACAACGAGACAGAGGAUCGUUACACGUUCAUUAAUGGCUACCAUUCCGAGGACAAGGCCGUAAAUAUAUCUGAGAAUUAUGACGGUAAGGGCAUUAAGAAUCAUGAUAGCAAGGACGCGCAGGCAGACAAUGAAGAGGAAGAGGAAGAUGACGAACUCAACGAUUAUGGGUUCAAUCGACGACCCUCGGUAACGGGUAUUAAAACGCAAUACGAGGCUACCAACGAGGCCAUUCAUCGAGCACGAGCUUGCGCCGGUGCAGCUAACAAUGAUGCGAGAUCUGGCUCGAUAUGGCCGAUGUAUUGCGAUGUAAACGGCGACAAGAUCGACGCAAAAUCUCUAUUGACCGCUGACGGAGUGGACGAGGCGAUUCCCAUACCUACAGACGCUUACGCCACGAUGGGGAGCUUCGAGCGGGACACAAACACGAUCAAUCGCAUAAACACAAUGCAGAAGCAAAUCGAUGACAUAUAUCAGACUAUUGCCGAGAGCACGGCGGUAACAGCGAAUGUCCAGGGUGUUUCCGAGCACACGACUUAUUUGGAGAACGCGAUACCACCGCGGCAGUUCGUCAGAACUCCGUCCAGCGACGGUGCCGCGCACCUGUACGCCGAGCACAGAAAUGGUCAUCACUACUUCCAAGAGCAACAGCAGUUGUCGAGCACACGCAUGCUGCGUAUCGCGGGUGGCGGUGGUGGUGGUGGCGGCGGAGGACCAACCAGCGGUGGCGACGAUAUCGCGGGUGCAAUAUACACCAACACUCUGUCGAAGAUGCAACGUCGCAAUCCACCGGUGACGAUCGCGAACUACCACUGCAACGUGAUGCCCGGCGGUACCGUGCCUGCCGUCAGUACCAAGUGCUAUCGCACCAUGUACUUUGUGCCGUACAGUGGCAUGUCGGACCCCACGUAUCAGAACAUACAGCGUAUCCUGCCGCCGCAUUCCUCCCCAAACUACGCCAGCCACAUCGAGCGUUACCCGUAUCCUCGUAUAAACAAGACCAAUCAGCAACAGGCGUUGUAUUAUAACACGAAUCGUUCCGCGACGUCGCAUUCCAAUUUAAAUACAUCGCCACCCAUCCCGCCCCCGCCUCCGCCACCACCACCACUCGCAUCCGCCUCCAACCCGAAUUCCAUACCGUUGCAGAGUGCCCAGCAGGCCUUACACCUGCACAUACAUCCUCAUCAAACUGAAGACUUCCGCUCGCCCAACAUCGCGUUCUCCCCUGUGCCUCACUCGACGGUACAUCCCAUGCAAUUUCACCAUCAUCAGCAUCAGCAUCAACACCAGCAUCAGCAUCAUCACGGCGAAAUGGUGUCGUACCGCGUGCCCAUGGCGACGCAACAAUCACCAUCCUCGUACACAGUGAUCGCGCCCUCGAGAUGUAUUCCGGCGAGUAACCAGGACGGCUAUCCGUUGUAUCCGGCUCAUCUGGCACGCGGCGCCGCUACCGCCGCUGGCGGUACCACCGCGACUGCCGUCGCCGUCGCCGCAGACGUGCAAACGCAAACGAUCUCCAUCGCGGCCGCUUCAUCGUUUUCGUCAUCGUCAUCCUCGUCGUCUUCCUCCUCAUCGUCCUCGUCAUCGUCUUCGGCAUCCGCUCUGUCGUCUUCGUCCUCGUCCAUAUCGGCCGCUGCCACCGCUUCCCUAAAAUGCACCGGAAUCAUGACUAAUAGCAACAAGAACUGCGAAUCGGUUCUGGGUACGUCUUAUGGUAGCAGCAAUGCACAGUCCGUGUCAGGGAACAUCACUCCACUCGCGUGCCCGGCGUCAUCGUCGUCAGCUGCGACUGUGACAGCAGUCGCCGGGUCUCCGGCGACGGUAAUGCAAUUACCACGCAUCAUUAACACGUGCGCAGUAACGGAACGCGGAGUUCCCGAGGGUGCCGCCAGCAUGCCCACCCGAGACUUCCCGCAGUCGGCUCUUGGUCCGGCGAACUCGGCGUCACACGUCCUGCUGAUGUCCAACUCUUACGUCGAUCCCAACACCAGUCUCAUGUCCGCUCCGGCCAAUACUCCAAACACGGUAUACUACGCCAUGAAUGUCUGAAGAGAUCACGAGUAAUUUAUAAUUGCGAAUAAUGUUUGAAAACACGCCUGAAAAAUCUUGCCUGAAUGUAAAACGUCUUUAUGAUGUCUUGUGGAUAUUGUCCGGGAAGUAUUAACUCGUUCGCUGCUAUGACGAGUUGUUUUACGCGAUUCGUAAACAACAAAGGCGUUCAGUAGAGAGAUAUUCACCGUCUUUUCCACCAGUGACUGCACACACAUGACAGAAAUUACUCGUUGUCAUCUUAAGACAGUAACAUU